AUGGCCUCCGCAGCCGUCAGUGCCGGCCGAGAUGGCACCCGUCCUUCUCUGAAGCCGAAUAUCGGUGUUUAUACGAACCCAAAGCAUGACUUGUGGAUUGGCGAGGCUCAGCCCACAGCUGAGAGUGUCUCUGCUCGCGCGGAUUUGAAACCCGGCGAGGUGACUGUGGCCAUUCGGAGUACCGGUAUAUGCGGCUCCGAUGUUCAUUUUUGGCAUGCCGGCUCCAUCGGCCCCAUGGUCGUGGAGGGAAACCACAUCCUGGGCCACGAAUCCGCUGGCGAUGUCAUCGCAGUCCACCCCUCCGUCACAAGCUUGAAAGUUGGGGACCGCGUGGCGGUUGAGCCCAACAUCGUCUGCAAAUCCUGCGAGCCCUGCUUGACAGGACAUUACAACGGCUGCGAGAAGGUCGCGUUCUUGUCCACUCCUCCCGUGCCGGGUCUUUUACGCCGAUACGUCAACCACCCAGCUGUCUGGUGCCACCAGAUUGGCCACAUGUCGUAUGAGAACGGCUCACUUCUCGAGCCUCUCAGUGUCGCCCUCGCCGGCAUGCAACGGGCCAAGAUGCAGCUUGGAGACGCCGUCCUGGUCUGCGGCGCCGGCCCCAUUGGCCUCGUUACCUUGCUGUGCUGCGCCGCUGGCGGCGCCAGCCCGCUCGUCAUCACAGACAUAUCAGAAAGCAGGCUCGCUUUUGCCAAAGAGCUCUGCCCCCGCGCGGUGACGCACAAGAUCGAACCAGGCUCCCCCGAGGACACAGCAAAGGCCAUAGUCAAGGCCUUUGCUGGUGUCGAGCCCGCCCUGACCAUGGAGUGCACCGGGGUCGAAAGCAGCAUCAGUGCGGCCAUCUGGGCGACCAAGUUUGGCGGCAAGGUGUUCAUCAUUGGUGUCGGAAAGAACGAGAUAAACAUUCCAUUCAUGCGCGCCAGCGUGCGUGAAGUCGACAUUCAGCUGCAGUAUCGGUACAGCAACACUUGGCCCCGAGCCAUACGCCUGGUGGAGAGCGGUGUCAUUGACUUGUCCAGGUUGGUGACGCACAGGUUCGCCCUGGAAGAUGCUGUGAAGGCCUUUGAGACGUCUGCAGACCCCAGGAGCGGGGCCAUCAAGGUACAGAUUCAGAGUUUUGACUAG